UGUUCAGUCCCAUUUCAAAACACACAGUGUGCAUAGGUCACAAUUUGCCUAUCACAGUAAACUGUUACUGUAAUUUGCAUCUAUGCUGCCGGACUAAAAAUAAUGUGAACACAGCAUGCUUUCUGUUUGGCUUGUCCAGUCAGGAGGAGGCAAAGAUCUGCAACAGCUGUAAGGAAAAAGGCAUAAUAGAGAGUAAGGCAUCAAAAGGAGGGAGGCAUACAUGCAGUACAGUGUGAGUAUGUGUUGUUUCUAACAGUGAGGUAGGUGGAGAGGAGGAACAGGAGAAGGAGGAGGAAGGGGUGCUUCCUCUUCGGUCCGGGCUGAGCUGCUGAUGUAUCCCAGCAGCGCUGGUCCAUAGCAACAGGAAACCUUGGUAUAAAACGCCGCGUCGUGGGGGGAACCCUCUUAAGUAUCUCUCAGCUGCAGCAUGAACAGGACCGAGAGCCUGAGAGUGUUGACUUAAUAAGACAAUGCCCAGCCUAAUCGUCGAACCACUCAACACACAGCACUUCAUCAUGGACCAAGAUGACACGAAGAGAAACAAGAACAUUGGAAAGAACUUUAUGUGCCGUCUCCAGUGCAUGUUCUCACACUCAUCGAGCUCUGAGAGGCUAAGUUUAGAAGAUACCCAACAAUGGUCACAGUCACUGGAAAGGCUUCUCGAGUCUAAAUAUGGAAUGGCCACGUUUCGCAACUUUCUCAAAUCUGAAUACAGUGAUGAGAAUAUUGAGUUCUGGCUCACUUGUGAGGAGUACAAGAAGAUCAAGUCUUCAUUCAGAAUGUCUUCAAGAGCCAAGAAGAUUUACGAGCAGUUCAUCAAAGCAGAAUCUCCCAAAGAGAUCAACAUCGACUAUCACACCCGAGAGCAGAUCAAAAGGAACGUCAAGACUUCCACCAUACACUGCUUUGACGACGCUCAGAAGAUAGUUUACGGGCUGAUGGAAAGAGACUCGUAUCCGCGGUUCCUCCGCUCGGACAUUUAUAGAACUCUCCUGGAAAACCUUUCCGCUGACGCCACGAAGGGAUGAAAAGACGCUCAGGGGGGAGGCAGAAAGAGAGAGAGAGAGUAAGAGAAAGAAAGAACAUAAAACCCCUCAACUGGAAUGUUUGAGUUCCUUCAGGAGGAAGGACUGACAACAAAGAAGGACGGAGGGUCAACCCGCGCGCUACACGGACACAUACAGAGGCCUCACACCUCCGCCGACGUCACUCCUGAAGCUAACUGUGUGCCUUAGUCCCGUCAUGGGAGGAUCCCAACACUGAGCAUGUCACACCUGAGGACUGUGUGAGAAGAAGACAAAUAAACACAACCAGCUUUUAAUGACCCUUUUAGUGUGUGUUUGCACUGGAUGACAAGUCUGUAUACGCGGGAGAAUUAACCACUUUUUGACAAUGAAUGAAUCACUGAGAGGACUGACGCCCGCUCUGGCUGUGGAGCUACGUAAGCAAACUAUGCAGCAGACCUCCUUUGGCCUUCUUUGCCGAGGUGUUUCCGGUUUCCUGUGCAGAUUGAGAUAGAGGAUGUAAGAAGCAACGGUCACACUUGAUUAGUUGUGUGUGUGUGGGUUUGUGCGUGUGCGUGUGUCUGAGAGAGUGCAAGUGAAUAUUGAGUUGUAGCUUUUAACGGCUUUUGAGACAGGAAAGGCUGUCCUAAAAAGAGUUGGACAAUUAUCUAAUGACAGCACUAAGGCAGACACCAAAUCCAUAGUGGACACAAGACUCAAUAGCGAUAUGUCAUCCUUAGUAAAGGGUUGCAGAAGGCCGCUUAGUUCUCCAAGAGGCAUUCUGGGACACUUUAAAAGGAGAUUUUUCUUGGUCGGCCCCAUGUGUUUUUUUCUUUUUUUAAACUGAUUUAGCUUCUACGGGUGAUAUUGUGUGCCACUAUUCAAUAUCAUCAUCCCUUUCAAAGAAAAAAACAGUGGCAGUUUAUUGUAUUUCCAUAAAAAUAUGGAUUCAAUAUAUUUUUUUGAUAACAAAACAUGUAUCUUGCACAUUUAUUUGCGUGGAAUCUGAACAAAAUUCUGCACUGCAGCAGUUAAAAAGAUCCCUUUUAGGGCCAGUGGGGUCUAACUGAAUUCCUCAGCACCAUUAACUUAGUCAAAACCAAAUUUUUAAAGCACUGAAGUGUCAAGAGUUGUGAUUUAAUGUACUUAACUAUUUGAGUGGAAUUCUAUAGAUAGAGGAUAAUUCACGUCGCAUGAUAGGAUGGUAAAACUCCUUGUAUAGCUUAAGAAUUUGCCUUAUUACUGCUUUCCAAAGCUUGUUGAUUGAAUGUAUUCUUUGGGGUUUAUAGUUAAUUUAACUUAAAAGUUGGACAGUGUAUUAUUUAUUGUUAUUUGUCACCAUUUGAGUAGAAUGUUUGUUGCGGUGUUGAAGUGCUUGUUAAAAUGUUAGUGAUUUGAAUGACAUUAAAUUAUUGCAUUAACAAUGGC